AUAGACCUGUUAUCAUCAAACUCGGAUAGAGCCAUUGUCAGUGCCCAAGCGAUGCUACGUGGAUUUUUCCCAGCUGACAGCAAGGAUGAUCAGUGGUUAAAUGGCGAGUUGUGGCAGCCGCUACCAUUCCAUACGGGUCCCAUGGAUGCUGCAGAUGCCGUUAGUUUUAUUGUUCUGAAUGUUAGGGGAUUGCUGCCUUUGUUUGAGGCUCUUAAAGUGAAUCACGUUUCGCAGGUCUCUGAAGCAAUUCAUAAUGAACGAGCUUGCCAGCGAUUGGUUUGCAUCUUUUUUAGAGAUUUGUUUCGAGAUCGUAAGCUACUGUAUUUAUUAUACUGCUAACA